GGCGGGUUUCCCUGCGGGCCCGAGUCGCCGCGGGGCGCCGCCGGCUAAGUGCGCGCCACUGUCCCCACGGCCCGCGAGUGGCGCUGCCAGGAGGCUGUGCUCUGCGGCGCAGCCCGCAGCCUCGCUACCCCCACGCUGCGAGCUAGCGAGAGAGCGAGCUAGCGAGAGAGCGACGAUGCACGCCGGUGACAGCGCCCUGAGCCUCCGCCCGGCCUCGGGGCAGCUGCACUGAGCCUUGCGCGCGGGGCCCGGUCCUCCGCGCUUCCCCGCGCUCCCCCGCGUUCGCAGUGUCCCCCACGCCCGCCGCUGCCGCGGCCGCCGCGCCUGGGCCAUGGGGCUGCCCACUCUGGAGUUCAGCGACUCGUACUUGGACAGCCCGGAUUUCAGGGAGCGACUUCAGUGUCACGAGAUCGAGCUGGAGAGAACCAACAAGUUCAUCAAAGAGCUGCUGAAGGAUGGCUCUCUGCUCAUCGGGGCGCUGAGGAAUCUAUCCAUGGCUGUACAGAAGUUUUCCCAGUCUCUGCAAGACUUCCAGUUUGAAUGUAUUGGAGAUGCUGAAACUGAUGACGAAAUCAGUAUUGCUCAGUCGCUGAAAGAAUUCGCGAGGCUGCUUAUUGCCGUAGAAGAGGAAAGGCGUAGGCUGAUUCAAAAUGCUAAUGAUGUAUUAAUUGCACCCCUUGAGAAAUUUCGAAAAGAGCAGAUCGGCGCAGCUAAAGAUGGAAAGAAGAAGUUUGACAAGGAGAGUGAAAAAUACUAUUCUAUUCUGGAAAAGCAUUUAAAUUUGUCAGCAAAGAAAAAGGAGUCUCAUUUGCAAGAGGCAGAUUCACAGAUUGGCCGAGAACAUCAGAACUUCUAUGAAGCUUCAUUAGAAUAUGUCUUUAAAAUCCAAGAGGUCCAAGAGAAGAAGAAGUUUGAGUUUGUGGAACCACUUUUGUCCUUCCUUCAGGGUUUAUUUACAUUUUACCACGAGGGAUAUGAACUUGCCCAGGAAUUUGCACCGUAUAAGCAACAGCUGCAGUUCAACUUGCAGAAUACAAGGAAUAACUUUGAAAGUACUCGACAAGAGGUAGAGAGACUGAUGCAGAGGAUGAAAUCUGCUAACCAGGACUACAGACCCCCCAGCCAGUGGACCAUGGAGGGCUACCUUUACGUCCAGGAGAAACGACCCUUGGGUUUCACGUGGAUUAAACACUACUGCACUUACGACAAAGGGAGCAAAAUGUUCACAAUGAGCGUCUCGGAAGUGAAAGCCAGUGGGAAGAUGAAUGGCCUCGUUACUGGCUCACCUGAAAUGUUUAAAUUAAAGUCAUGUAUCCGACGAAAGACGGACUCAAUUGACAAACGCUUCUGCUUUGACAUAGAAGUGGUCGAAAGGCAUGGCAUCAUUACGCUACAGGCGUUCUCUGAAGCUAACCGGAAGCUCUGGCUGGAGGCCAUGGAUGGAAAAGAACCGAUUUACACGCUGCCUGCCAUAAUUAGCAAGAAAGAAGAAAUGUACUUAAAUGAAGCAGGGUUCAACUUCGUGAGAAAAUGCAUUCAAGCUGUGGAAACAAGAGGUAUCACCAUUUUAGGCCUGUACCGAAUAGGAGGUGUGAACUCCAAGGUCCAAAAACUUAUGAACACCACAUUUUCUCCCAAGUCCCCUCCUGAUAUGGACAUUGAUAUUGAGCUGUGGGACAAUAAGACUAUAACGAGUGGGCUGAAAAACUACCUCAGGUGCCUUGCAGAGCCCCUGAUGACUUACAAAUUGCACAAGGAUUUCAUCAUUGCUGUCAAGUCAGAUGACCAAAACUACAGAGUGGAGGCCGUCCAUGCACUGGUGCACAAAUUGCCGGAGAAAAACAGAGAGAUGCUGGACAUCUUGAUAAAACACUUGCUCAAAGUAUCAUUACACAGCCAACAAAAUCUCAUGACCAUCUCGAAUCUCGGCGUUAUAUUUGGCCCAACCCUGAUGAGAGCACAGGAGGAAACCGUGGCCGCCAUGAUGAACAUCAAGUUUCAGAACAUAGUGGUUGAAAUCCUGAUUGAACACUACGAAAAGAUUUUUCAUACCGCUCCAGACCCAAACAUUCCUCUUCCUCAGCCUCAGUCUCGAUCUGGAUCCCGAAGGACUCGCGCCAUCUGUCUGUCCACAGGCUCUCGGAAGCCCAGAGGGAGGUACACGCCUUGCCUGGCAGAGCCCGAUAGUGAUUCUUACAGCAGCAGCCCAGACAGCACACCCAUGGGCAGCAUAGAGUCCCUCUCUUCCCAUUCCUCUGAACAAAACAGCACCACGAAGUCGACUUCCUGCCAGCUCAGGGAGAAGUCGGGUGGUAUUCCCUGGAUCGCGUCUCCAUCAUCUUCCAAUGGACAGAAAAGUCUGGGUCUCUGGACAACUAGUCCAGAGUCAAGUUCUCGAGAAGAUGCAACCAAAACAGAUGUGGAGUCAGAUUGCCAGAGUGUGGCCUCAGUCACCAGCCCAGGGGACGUUUCUCCCCCAAUAGACCUCGUCAAGAAAGGACCCUACGGGCUCUCAGGACUGAAGAGAACCUCUGCUUCCUCUCUCAGAUCCAUCUCUGCAGCUGAAGGAAACAAGAGCUACAGUGGAUCCAUUCAAAGCUUAACUUCUGUAGGUUCCAAAGAGUCACCCAAAGCCACACCAAACCCAGAGCUACCUCCGAAAAUGUGCAGGAGGCUAAGGCUGGACACUGCCUCCAGCAAUGGCUACCAGCGACCGGGCUCAGUAGUGGCGGCAAAGGCCCAACUAUUUGAAAAUGCUGGGUCACUUAAGCCAGUCUCUUCAGGACGCCAAGCCAAAGCCAUGUACUCCUGCAAAGCAGAGCAUAGCCAUGAAUUGUCCUUCCCCCAGGGGGCGAUCUUUUCCAACGUACACCCAUCAGUGGAGCCAGGGUGGCUGAAGGCGACUUAUGAAGGCAGAACAGGACUAGUCCCUGAAAACUAUGUUGUCUUCCUCUAAUAGUAUUAGUGGAUGGCAGUAUCUUCAUGGUAUCCAUGGUAACACAUAUUAAGUACUAUGAUUUUAUCUGACACAGAUAUGGGGACCAGCCACUAAAUGAAAACCAUCUGUUUGUUUCAAGUUCUUCACCAGCAGACUAUGUAGCUCCCACUGAUGGGAAGAGAACCACAAAUAUUUACAUCACAGCCAUUCCUUUUGGCUGUUUUCUUACUUUUAAAAUAAUCUUGCUUUUUUAUUUUUUGAUAAGAAGUGAUUUUUGACAGAGUCUGUUCUCUAGAGCUGCAGAAUCCCAGAUACUGAGCUCAGUUCUGCACACUGCAAAUUUGGAAGUCAGAAACCUGCGGUACCCAUGCUGACGUCUGUUGCCUGGUAGUUUCUGGAGAACCUCAAAAUCAUUACUUUAAAAGUAUAAUUUAAAUUGUACACUUAUUAUUUUUGUUUCUUAAAAAUAUACUGUUUUUAUGUGUGGUUGUUUUGCUGGUCCUAAACAUUUCAAGAAAAUCAGUUGUUGUUUUAUCAUAACUUUAUUUUUAUUUGUUUCCUAAGAUGUUAGUAUUUGAAAGCAAUAAUGUAUAUGAGUCUAUAAAGAAAGCCGAGUUAAGUCAAACACUGAUUCUACCAUAAGCAGUCUACCCAGAAUGCUAGAUGGCUUCUGUGGGUUCUGAGGAAAAAUCUACCAAGUGUGUCUGUAAAGCCUGAGACUAAAUAGUUUUGUGGCAGGCUAGGUUUGACUUGUGAACCACAGAUGAACAACUCCUCCUUUAGAAGUCAUGGAAACCUAUCUUGGGACUUUUACAAAAUUUCCCAUUAAAACACACGGGCUAAUAAAUCCCAUGUGCACAUUUUCUUCUCCCUGAGCAGCAUUGUGACAGUACAGGGAGAAUCAUGGGCAACUGUGAAGGUGAAGUGUGGCAUACAACCUGCAAUGCUAAGUGUGGCGUACAGCCGUCACCUGCAAUGCUAAGUGUGGCGUACAGCCGUCACCUGCAAUGCUGAAUGUGGCAUACAGCCAUCACCUGCAAUGCUGAGUGUGGUGUACAGCCGUCACCUCCAAUGCUAAGUGUGGCGUACAGCUGUCACCUGCAAUGCUGAGUAUGGUGUACAGCCAUCGUCACCUGCAAUGCUGAGUGUGGUAUACAGCUGUCACCUGCAAUGCUGAGUGUGGCGUACAGCCGUCACCUGCAAUGCUGAGUGUGGCGUACAGCCGUACCUGCAAUGCUGCAGUCUUCAGGUAUUUUAAUGAUGGGGAAGUUUUGGCCUCUGAGAUGGUCUUAUACAAAUGAUAAGGACAUUGUUUGGAAAUUUGAAUUGGGAAGCUGUGCCUUCUAAACCUUGUUUAAUUGAAACAGAAAACAAACACCAAAGUACUAGAUUCUUAGGCCACAGAGUUUGAAUAUUUUAAGAUUUAUUUAUUUAUAUGAUAUUUUGUUCACAGGUAUGUAUGUAGUACAUAUGUCUUUUACCCAUGAAGAUCAGAAAAGGGAGUCAGAGAGCUUUGAACUGGAGUUACAAAUGGUUCUGAGUUGCUACGUGGGUGCUGGGACUCGAAUGCUGGUCCUCUGGAAGAGCAGCGGUGCUCUUAACCACUGAGCCAUCUCUCCAGCCCCAAGCCACACAGUUUGAAAGCAUAGUAAUGAAAGUUUCAUUAGCAGGAAUGAAAUGUACAAAGGUUUUCUUUCUCUGAAUUCCACUGAAUUACAGAACUCAUAGAACAAAGAAGUGUUUACUCUCCAGUUAUAGGUCAUCAACAAAAGGUUACAUAUCAGCCAUUUCUUCUAUCAUAAUUUCAACAAUUCCAACAUAGAAUUCCUAUGAGUGUCUACAAUAGGAAAAAGCCUUUAUUCUCCAUAGUCUAAAAAGUUGUCUCCCCAGACCCACUGCACUUGGCCUUGGUAUCUAACAGAUUCCUUCAGAGUUUUCGCUAGUUCCUUGACACUCCGGUGUUUAAAGGUGUGUGUAGCUAUGUUUAUAUGCCACAGUCUAUAAUCUCAAUUCAUUCUACAUUGCAUCAGUAUUUCUAGAGAUAAUAGGCUGAACAUAUACACAGCACUGUGCCUCGGGGCAUUUAUGCUGUUAAAUGAAAUAAAAUAAUGAAUUAGAAUGAACCAGUAACAGUAGACAGACAGAUCCAUCCAGAAAUAGCAUCAAUGAACUAAAGGCAGUGAAUGGAAAACAGCUCAUAAAGAUUAUGGUGUGAUGGGAAACUCUGAAGGAAGUUUGGCUCUUCCUCUUUCCUCCCAGCAUUGGUCCCUGUGCACUGCGGUGAGGUAUUGUGAAUUCCUUGGUAGGUGGGUGCCUGGUGGCUUAGUACACCAGUGUCGUUGCUGUCACUGACGACCUUUCCUGGGACAGAAGGUAGCCUUCAUAACAUCCUAGCGGCCUGGUCUACACCCCCCUGUCAUCACCCACUUGCAUUGUGCUAGACAGGAUCCAUGAAGGGAGGCUGAUUUGCUUUCAAAGACCAACUUGACAGCAAAGAUCCAGUAUCUUCCUCUGCUGCUGCUGUGCAAACAAAUCUCAACUUUCAUUUUAUUUUAACAGACCAGAACAUUCCUGCCUCCCUUGCCUGUAAGCUAAACCUAUGAUGCUCACUGAGGGCUUAGAGCUUUUUCUAUGUAGGAUGUGGGUAUGAAAUCAGCUCUCUUUUCUAAUGGUGAGAUUUACUCUGUGUCAUUAUUUGUUGAGGUUCCUUCCCUGAAACAAGACACAAACAUGCUGGUUCAUGUUGCACUUGUGCUUGAAGUUUUAAUCUUUUAGAUUUUUUUCUUUCUGUUAAUUACCUGUGUAAGGAAAUUGUGACAAUAUAUUGGAGAGAGGUUAGAGCUGCUUUCCCCAUGAAGUAAGAAUCCUACAAAUGAAGCAUUCAGGAGCACUGCAAAGACCAAGACGUAUGCUCUGAAGCCACAGAAGGUUGCUGUGUGGGAGAGCAGCAUUGCCAGUCAAGGAAGAGUCAUGCCCAAAACUGGGAUGCCGUUGAAGCAGUGAAGAGUGUUUGUUACCUGUUCAGAGACAGUGGAACAUGUUAGAACGGUCAUAUCCUCACUCUGAACCCUACAUGAAACAACAUGCACCCAGAUAACUGCUUACAGUAUGAGGGUGGCGUUGAGGGUCUGAUACAAUCACCGUGGGUGAUUUGUGCAUUUGGAACACUGAUGUAUUUAACAGGUGACUCUUGGGCUAAACCAUCAUUCCACCAAGUUUAGUUCACUCACAUUAGUCAUUCAACUGAACGAUUUCCUGAUGUAUUGUGUGUCAGUAUCUGAAAAGUAAAAUAAUCUUUCUAUUUCUGCAGUGUCCGUGCAGUGUGAAGAAGCGUAAUCUCCGUGUGUAUUGGUUUGCUUUGCUUUGCUACAGGCAUGAAUGAAAUAUUCACCAGUAGCCCCUUUGCUGACUGACUCCUCCAGGGAGAGUGGAUUAAAGAGAGGACAUAAAAAUAUACUUUAUAUUUCUCAUAAUCCCAAACUAUCCAGGCCCCAAAUAGUGAAGAUAAAAAUAUGUGAAACCUCCUCCAUUUUCUCUUCAGUAGUUAACCUUACAUGUUAUGGCUGCCUACUGAACACCUGCUAUAUUGGGAAUAAACAAAAUCUCUCUGUGCUUCUGUGACUAUUCCCUACUGCUGACCUUGUUCCCAACCACAGGCCUCACAUAUUUGUGUUGCACAGAGGCUAAGUUAGAAAAGCCAUCAGGUGUCAACUCAGAGAACUUUAAUCUGUAGUGCAGUCUGAGCACACUUUAUCUACAAUUCUUGGGACCCAAGUCUUUUAGAUUUUGGAUUAUUAUAUAUAAAUGAGACAUCUUGUAUUCUUGGAGAUAUUCUAAAAUAUGCAGUGAUUAUGGGAAUGGGACCUAGGUCAAAUCAGGAGACUUAUUUCUGUUUCAUAUAUUUUCUAUACAUAGUCUUAAAGUCAUUUCAAGCAAUAUUUUUAAUUCAUGUGCUGAAAUUUCCAGUUGUAGCAUCAUGCAAGUGUUUGGGGUUUGGGGUUUCAUGAUCAGAACUCCUUGCCUUUGUACCAAGCUGGUAAUGAGGGAGCCUUAGCAGCUAGCGUUCCAUAUGAUUCACUAUCCAGUGUGUUGACUAACACCAGGAGCAUGCAACCUUAGGAACAGAAUCUGUCCUUUAAUUUACAACACAUUAGUCACUUGUUGCUCUUACCAUGACCUCAUAUCACCGGGUAAGACAUGGAAAUCAUCUCUCAGUAAAAACAACAGCAGGCUUGACUCCUGUUCAAAAAUUACAUUCCUGGUGACCAUAGAUGUUCCCCUAAGGGUUGAAAUUUUACUUCCUUUGUUUUACUUUUGCUUUUCAAAAUCAAAACACUUUUUAAAAAUGAGAUUAGCCUGGUUGAGCAGUCUACUCCAGCCGGCUGCUCUCUUUGAUUCAGAGUUAAUAACAGGUACUUAUCAACUUGCUAAACACAUUUAAUGUGUUCAUCCAUUGUUAUCAUUACCUUCCCACUUCAAGUGGCAAUACCUUUGGGAGAAGAGAUUUAUGAAUGACACAGAAGAUCAAGUCAUUGAGUGAUACUUAAAAAAUGAAUGGUAAGAGAGCCACACCCAUCUUUUUAUGAAACCAUAAAUAGGAAUGCUGACAGUACUCACUGGAUGAUGCUUGGCAAGGAACUAACCUAUAUUUGUUCCAUCAGUGUUUGUAAACUUCCCUAUAGACUAGGGGACCAGCAGAGUAUGACUUCAUUCCUCAUGACAUGACUUGACUCAUGACAGAUAGGCCACGAUUUAGGAUGGGUAUUUCUUGGGGUUAUAGGGAGAGGUAGAAUCUUGGUGCUUACUGGACCAACAGUCAAGGAAUCAUUUGUAAUGAUUUGUGAUGUUCAUGUGGAGGUCUACUUGAGGAAGUGAAGUGUGGGAGGGAGUUGGAGCUGAAGGUCCCUGGACAACCUCAGUUAGAUGGUGGUGUUCUUGACUUCACACCAUUGGCCAUCUCUCACGAGUACUUCCCAUAGUUUGCUCUUCCAUGGUUGGCAUGGAAGCUAUGCCUGAACCCACUUACCUCUGACGAAGACUGUGCACUGCUCUCUGUGUCGUAGCAUGAUGGAGUUUCUGUGUGCCCCAGUAUGUCCGCUUCCACCUACAUUUUAAGGAAAUGACUUGUACUCCAAUGGGUCUGAGAGCACUGCCUGUUCAUACUCUGUGCUUAAACUCCACAGUUACAGCACACACUGCAGGAUGGAGGAGUUUCAAGAGUCCUUGAACUCUGAGAUGAAACCUUUAUGAGUAGUCUGACAGAGAAGACACCCAAGGCUUUCAUUGAUAAUCUAUUUAUGUACUGUUCAAGUCUAUUUAAAAGUCAGAUAUUUAGGUACCAAACCAGGAGUUUCUUUGCAGCCAUUAACAUGAAGAAUUAAAUAAUAAAUGUUGUGAAAAUUAGUCAAUAAAUUAUCAUGCUGAA